ACUGAUCCCUCUGAACAACGCAUUAGGGAGGAUGCAUGUACCUCCCCCUGCAUGUGGUCCUGCAGAAAAGCUCCGGGUGAGUCACAGCUGAUUGGAAACGGUUUCCUGAAUCCAUUGCGUCUCCACCGGAGAAGAUUUAUACACCGUGCAGCUCCAAACACCGUGCAACAAGACGGACUCAUUUUACGCGCAUUCCCGUCCAGCCCAGGCAACGUUGCGUAAGUGAAACUGAUCUCAAACCAGGCGGCAGCUCAUCUGUUGGACUCGAGAGAAAAAAAAAAACAAAAGGGAAGCAGACAUUUCAGCUCGUCUGGACUUUUUGAAGGAACAAAAUGUCUAAACCUAAUUACACUGGCACGUAUAAUAUGGUGGAGCAGGACAAUAUGGACGCGUACCUCGCAGCUUUAGAUAUUAAUUUCGCUCUGAGGAAGAUUGUGUGUCUGUUGAAGCCCACCAAAGAGAUCACCCAUGACCCGGCCACAGGGGCCAUGAAGAUCCGCACCCUCACCACAUUCAAGAACUUCAACAUGGAUUUCACCAUCGGGCAAGAAUUCACUGAAGACCUGGGGCCAGUGGACGGCCGUACCUGUCAGACUACAGUGAGCUGGGAGGGAGACAACCUGGUUUGUGUACAGCGAGGCGAGAAAGAAGGACGAGGCUGGACACACUGGCUGGAGAACGACAAGCUGCAUUUGGAGAUGAGAGUUCAAGGCGUGGUUGCCAAGCAAGUCUUCAAGAAGGCUGAUUGAAGUAACUGAAAAUGUCUUAUUAGUGAAUAACCACAUUUUUCUCUGAAUAGAAUGUAGUUACAGACUUGGCACAAGAUUUGAAUAAUGUCUCUAGUUUUUUUUUUUAAAUUAUAAUCAACAUUUUGACGUGAAUGUCUGUGAAAUUACUGAUCUGUACACGGCCUUGUUUCUGUCUGAUGGUACUAACUGAGAAGAGAGCAGCUGAGCAGAGUCACUUGUGUAAACAUUCCCAACAUGCUUCCUCAUCUGUCUUCACCAUGUUAUAAACAAAUCA